CUCCCAUCUAUAUAUACCUAUAUACAUAUAUAACAAAGCCCCCUCCGAGACCAUGCCACAUACGUCCCGCAAAAAGCGCACCGCGACCGCCACCCAAAAACGCCUCCAAGUCACCGACGACGACGGCUGGACACACGUCACCUCCACCAACAACGUCCGCCGCGUACUCCGCGGGACUCGCACGGGGAUCAAGGAGCAGGACUCUGAUUCCCAGGCACAAGGACAACACCCAGCGCAUGGCAUAUCUGAAACCGAUGCAGACGGGCAAGUCGAGCUCGUGUUCAGUCCGGCGGAAGCACCGGGGCGAUUGACCCUCGAGGAACUGCAGACGCAGUACCAAGGGUAUCGCGAGCGAUGGGGAACCUCGGAGACCUGGAAACGACUAGAAGUCCAGCUGGGCGAACGACUGACCGAGGAUAAAGGACCCGUAGACGCGAUCGUAUGCGUUGGCCUCGGUAGUCCGAGUGGAUUUCUGCGUGGGGGGUGGGUCGAUCGCCGGAGUGUAUCGAUGUAUCAACUCGCUGCGUUGGAGAGUAUUGCACAGAGAGUAUCUAAAACGUUAUCCACCAAAAUCAACGUCUACGCACAAGACCCUGUCUUCAACACCCUCGACAAAGCCCUCCUCUCAUCCCUAGAUAUAACCAUAAUCACCCACCCAGCAGCCUUCACCCUGAUCACAGCGCAAACACUGCUAUUCUGCCCCGGCGCCGAGCGCAAACACCUCGAGCAAUUACUGCCCUUCAAUCCGUGUAUGGUGUUUGGUGGGCCGUUGGAAGAUACAGAGUCUGAAGUUAUUCAAGAGUUUACCGGGAGGACUGGAUCGGUGGUUUUGGUGCCGUUUGAGGUCUGUGAGCAUGCGUUUUGGAAGACGAGGCUUUAUUUUCGGGAGGGGGAGGGGAAGGGGGCUGUGAGUAUAGACGUUUGAUCAUGGAGGAAGGAAGAGUGAGGGUUUAUAGGAAGUGAAGGGAGUUGUGGUAUAUAUUGCUUUUGGCUACGACCAUUGGAUGGUCGAAUUGUCUGCAUACUGUGGAGUUGGGAGUGAGGCAUUGGAUUUGUUUUCAAAGCUCCUCAGGCUUUUGGAGGCCGAUGGAGUGGAUCUUGUAUAUAGAACGUACUUGGAUGAUAAUCUAAUCAUUUGGCUCGUCCUAGCCGGUUAGACUCAAUGGAUGAGAAGUCAACCCAUCGAUUCACCAGAAGAAACCUUAACUACGUAUAUCCAGCGUCCAGAAACAACCCAGAACAAAGCCAGGUGUGGUCAAUAUUAAUGGCCAUAUGUACAUCUCAAGAGCCCAAUCAACGCAACAAAAUAAACUCGGACAAACUAUGAACCACCACCAAAAAAACAAUGUCCAAUGCAAUAAACAUCCCAGGCGGGGGAUGAAAGAGAAGAAGAUACGAGUUCAUGAACCAAGAAAGCGCAAUAGGUAGCGCAUCAAAACGCCCAAUAGGAACGGGAACAAUGAGGAUUGGAGAUGCCCAGCUGGGUAUGGAAUACCACUAGAGGCACAGAAUACAUGAAGGCUCCAACGGGCAUGAACGGGUAUGACUGGAGGAGGUGGGAUGAACUGACGAGGGCAGAGGGAAUGACAAGAGGCUGCAGGCGAAGGAAGGAUGGAAGGGGGUCAUGAUGGAAGCAGGGAGGGGAAUCGAGCAAGAGAUGAAAGGAUAGACGUGAAUAAGAGGCGAAUAUACAGACGGAUGGAGUAGAGUGAGAGGUACUUUUCAUGAUCGUGAUCCCGUUAAGACAAAAGUUCAGACACAAGAAACCUACGAGGCAGUCUUGCCGCCGCAGUCAGGAAUCUUGAGACCCGACUUGAUCUUACGAGCCGAAUCCAUGAGUCCCCACUUGUCUUCCCACUCUUUGCCGGCGGUGUUAUACUGAAUCUUCCAGGGCUCAUCAAAGGCCUCGAAC